ACGUUAGUUCCUGCUGAAGGUAAACAAAUGGGCUCAGCGGCGGUUUGCGGUGAAAAUAUGAAAAAUGUGAACGAACAGCGCGGAUUAAAGCGAGUGAAAUGCCCGGACAGAAACGAAAAUAUAAUGUACGGUUCCCUCCUGGUCGCAUCAAAAAGAUCAUGCAGAAGGACACAGAGGUGGGGAGGAUUGCGAUGGCGGUUCCUGUGAUCAUCUCUCGAGCGCUGGAAAUAUUCCUCAAGUCUCUGCUCACCAAAAUCUGUCUGAUAACUCAGGCGGAGCUCAGCACCGUCGUGUCCGUCGCUCACAUGAAGCAGUGCAUAGAGUCAGAGGAGCACUUCCACUUCCUCAGAGACCGGGCGGAACGAGCCACAUCUAAGGCAAGCCAGAAGGACAAAAGAGGGAUGAGCAUGUGGCCGAUGUACAGGACCAACUGGCAUGACAUUUCUGUUAAGAAGGCUGACGUGGUAGACGUGGCGCCACGACGGAGCCUCGACUCGCUGGACAACGACUCCAGCUCCGGGGAGUCGGAGCUCUUCAUCUGCCUUUGAGUGAACAGAGGAAAGUGCUGUGCACUUACUGCAGCAAAUCAUUUCAUCAUGUCACUUUUGUUUAAAUGUUUAUCUUCAUUUCAACUUUGCUGGGCCAGGUCACAAUUAAUGUGGGGAUAUCAACUAUAAAAAAAACAAACAUUUUGUUCGUGUGUUGGGGGGGAAAAAAAACAUUUAAGUUAUAUGUUAGACCUUUGGCUGCCAGUUUUUUUUUUAUUUCAUUUUGAAAAAAAGAAGACAUGUUGUGGAGAAGCCUGUGUCCUUUGUUUGUAGAUGUGUGUUAGGAGGACAAGAAGAACUUGAAUGCUCUGUGUAAGUUUGCACUAAAGUAUAAUGAACUUAAAUUAUGCAAUAUAAAUUGCUUCAGACUUUUACAUUUUUUUUUGUUCAGAAAUUUGCCUUAAACCUUUGUUUUAGUUGAAAAGAAAAUAUGUUAGGCUCUGGUCAAAUUGUUACAAUUUCGAUAGUAAUAGUCAAUAGGUCUCUAGUUUGAAUCCCAGGUUUCCAUACCAUUUUAUGCACCAGCCAUUAAAACUAAAUUAAGUGCUUAUUUUGCUGAAUAGUGGCCCAAAUAGUUUGUUUGGAUAGUUUAAUUUUUAAAGCACUUGUAAAUUAAUGUUUUAAAGACAGUAAACCCUUUGCAUAUGAAAUCAAAUUGUAAAUAAGUUAAUUUCAACUUCUGUGAUUUAAUGUUCAAAGAUGUGCCCACAUAAAUAAAAACAAAUCAAGCACAUACAGGGAUUGGUUUAUUCCAAGAAACUAAUCUUUUUACAUGGUGAAGGGAUGAAAAUGAAGAAUAAAUAGAUGAAUUUUGUUCUGAAAACCUUUACUGAAAAUUUACAUUUUGAAGCCAAAUCUAGCAAAAUGUCUCUCGAGUUACUACACUAGCUGGCUGCAUAAGGAAUUGAAACAUCCAUUUUCAUUAUCGUUGAAAACACUGAAACAUUUGCGCUGAGGUUGCUGCUGAUGGUCCGAGCGGAUCUCAUCUCCCUGACAGACGGCGGGCUCGUAAUGAGCAUCAAGUCUCAAACAAACAACGGAGAGUACAGAACUGCUUAGCUCUAAGUGACAGACGUUACGAGUACAGUUCAUAUCCAGUAGUCAUUCCUCGGUCUGGCAGUUUGAAAUAAAACAUGCAUCUUCACUACAGUUACACUUGAAGAGUAAAAUAGGUAAAAAA